AUGAGAGCCAAAGCUCGUAGAAGACUGAAAGUGCUCUGUCCGCAAAGAUUCUUGCAAGAGUCUUGCAACGAGACCAGCGAGCUGCCACUGCCGACGAGUCGCUGCUGAUGUCUCUCACUUCUCAAUUUGCUUCCUGCGAACUACAACAAAGAGGGUACUCUUUCCAAAAACUUCAAGCACCAAGAUGCUCUCUCGCUACGCCGUCCAACUCGCCUUGAUCGCCGCUUCGAUCGCAGUCUUCUCCUCGUCUUCGGACGCCUGCCUCACGGGAUUGUUCACGGGCAAUGACUGUGAUUCCGACAGCACGAGCAUAAGCUUGCUCGGUGGCACGGUCGACGCUCCAUGCGAUGAGGACACUCCGUCAAUUCUGUCUGGCGGUUUGUUGGGCGGUGGCUUGACAGGUGGACUAAGCGGUGGUAUCACCGCAGAUGCUCCAUGUGACGACGACACUCCUUCGAUCGUGUCUAGCGGACUCACAAGCGGCCUGACAAGUGGCCUGUCGAGUACUGGCUUGUCGGGUGUCACCGCGGAUAUCCCGUGCGAUGAUACACCGUCUGUCAUCUCGAGUGGACUGCCAAGCACUGGUGCCAGCACCGGAGUCUCGACUUCGACGGGCACUCAGCAAGCUUCCGCCACCAAUUCUGGCACCUCCGCGACGGCCAGCAUUCCGUCUGCUUUGACGUCGAGUUCCCCAUCAACGGCUACUGGAGCGUCAACCACGGCGAGCGGCACGGCGACUUCAACCGCGACCGCUACUUCCACCGCCCAGGGAACGAUGACGUCUAGCGCUGUCGAUCCAAACACGGCUGCGCAGACGUCGACUGCUGCCGAUCCAGCCACGAAGACGGGUGUUUCCAGCGCCGUCUCCACGGACCCCGUGACGAAGUCCGGCACAUCGGCCUCCACCACCCUCAACUCGGCCGCGCAGCACCUUCGCCACUAAGUCAUCGUGUGUGGAGCUGCCUCAGCGCAACCUGCCCCCAAGUUUCUCUUUUCCGUAGCGUCGCUUAUGUCUUUCUAGUUGAGCGUGUUAAUGUGAAGCGUUCAUUCAUGUGCCUUGGAAUAUUUGUGGUUAUCUUACAGC